AGGGCUUCAAUUAUUUGAAUGGCAGUAGAAUACCGAUGCUGCGGAACGGGGUUCUUUCUUCACAUAUCGAUAAUAGCUUUGCUAGUGUUGUUUGCUGGAUUGAUGUCUGGACUCACGUUGGGCCUCAUGUCCAUGAGCCUGGUUGAUCUUGAAGUUCUUGCUAAGUCUGGAACACCCAGUGAUCGGAAACAUGCUCUGAAAAUCCUUCCAGUUGUGAGAAGACAACAUUUAUUGCUCUGUACCCUUCUAAUCUGCAAUGCUGCUGCCAUGGAGACACUUCCAAUUUUUCUCGAUAGCCUGGUUUCUACCUGGGGAGCUAUCCUUAUUUCUGUAACCUUGAUACUACUCUUCGGUGAGAUUAUACCACAAGCAGUUUGUUCUCAACAUGGAUUGGCAAUUGGUGCAGCAGUGGCUCCAUUUGUUCGAAUUCUCGUUUGGAUUUGUUUUCCUGUCGCAUAUCCAAUAAGCAAGCUACUAGACAGAUUGUUGGGGAAAGGACAUGAAGCUCUUUUUCGUCGAGCUGAGUUGAAAACACUGGUUGAUUUUCAUGGAAAUGAGGCUGGAAAAGGAGGAGAACUUACACGAGAUGAGACAACGAUCAUCACUGGAGCACUUGAACUCACUGAGAAAACAGCCAGGGAUGCAAUGACUCCUAUAUCUGAAACCUUUUCAGUUGAUAUUAACGCCAAACUUGACAGAGAUUUGAUGAGGCUAAUCUUGGAGAAAGGACAUAGCAGGGUUCCAGUUUAUUCUGAGCAAGAAAGAAAUAUAAUUGGACUUAUUUUGGUGAAGAACUUAUUGAGCAUCCAUCCAGAAGAUGAAGUGUCUGUAAAGAAUGUCACUAUUCGUCGGAUCCCAAGAGUCUUGGAGACUAUGCCUUUAUAUGACAUACUAAAUGAGUUUCAGAAAGGUCAUAGCCAUAUGGCUGUUGUUGUAGGACAGAACAGUCACACAGUGGAGCAUUCUGGCAGUGAACUCCCAACUGAUGUGAAAGAUGUGAGGGUGGACAUUUAUGGGGACAAGCAUUAUCCCCAAGAGAAAAUGUUGAGGACCAAGAGAACACUCAAGAAGUGUAGAAGUAACACUGACGACACAGAUAACUCAGAGAGAGGAACCUCAAAGAGCAAGAAGUGGGGAAAGGGCUUGCACCCAGAAGUUCUGAAUAUUGAUGACACUCCCCUUCCAAAGCUCAGUGAAGGAGAAGCUAUUGGCAUAAUAACAAUGGAAGAUGUCAUUGAAGAAAUCUUACAAGAGGAGAUCUUUGAUGAGACAGAUCAUCGCCAUGAAAGCUCGUAGUUUCGUUUUUUCUGUUGCCAAGCACACUACAAUAGUACGAAGACUAUUACUCUGGACGGGAAAGAAAAAUCCAUUCCUUAUCCAAGAGCCGGAAAUUCAGCAGGUGGGCCAAUAAAGAGAUUUGAAAUUGUACUGAUGACCAUGAAUUAUUUUCUGAGCGAAAAAAAGUAGUUAUUCUCUGGUUGCUUUUUGUAACUGAUUUAUGUAUUGGAGAAUAAAGAGAAAUAAUAAUAAAAUAA